UUUAGCAUAUAAGUAAGAAGAAAACAACGAAAAUAAAAACACAAAAGUGACUAAAGACGAAGUUUUAAAAAUCCUUGUAAAAGUGCAAUUUAUUUUGUUUUUGUUUUUUUUGCAAAAGUUUUCUUAAAUGUGCUUCGAUUUAAUUGGAGAAGAUAUUUUAAGACCAACACGUCCAUCAUGGACUCACCACCUAGGAACGACGAAUGGAUGCCAUUGGCUUCCCAGCAACUCCGACUGAGACAUCUUAUUAGAAUUAUUGGCCUAAACAUUGUUUGUCGUGAUAAAUGCAAACUUUAUUUCACUCUGCACCAUAAGCUAGAUUGUCCAGCGUUCUACAGAAGCGCCGAUAUACCACACUAUGGAAAUAGUGAAGCAAUAUUGUGGGACAACAUAACGUGUCCCGAUAUAAUAAAGUCAAAUUCAAGAGCAGUUUGCGUCCGCGUUUGGGAGCGCAGAAGUUCACAAUCAGAGCAAAAUGAUACACCAAUUUUUGUUUGGCGUGUUUGGUUCUCGGGGCUUGUCCUCACAGGGAGCGGCAUAGAAGCAAAGCACUUUUCCAACACACUCAUUUUCCAACUCAACGAAAACUGUUUCUCAUCACCAGAGCAUUUUUCAAGCUUCUUGCUUGAUAACGAUUAUCUAGGCGAUAACCUCCAAGACCAUGAUCCCAACACCGUCAAAGUACAUAACACUGAUCUUCGAGAACUAUCUGAUGGAUUGGGAAAUCAUGAGACUCUUCCAAAUGACUUGAACUCAAAGUUGAAGAACUUCGAUUCGUCUCUGGAUCUAUGCGGCAUCCGGUGCGUUGCAGCCCGACGCUCAAAAAAGUCAACUCGCCAAAGCUACAGUCUAGACAAACUACUUCGAAUUCAGCAAAUACAGCGAAGUUGUAAGCGUCUAAAGGAAGACGUGAAAGAAAUCACACAACAAAUCAUAAAUUACAACCUCAGGCCAAAGAGUUUUGCACCGAAAAACCGAAGCUCCAUUGAUUAUUUGUUCUCAGACAUAAACGAAGUCAAACCUGAAGUUAAACUAGAAUGUAAGCAAUUAAAGGUUAAAAUUGAGCUGUUACGAUUUAAGUGCAAUCUUCUGGAGAAGGAACACAAGACGGCCAUUGAUAGAAACCAAGAACUGAUAAAACUUUUAAAAAGCAAACAAAAUCUAACCCAGGAUCAGUCCGAUGCCAUGCGGAAGAACUAUUCCCAAUUAGCUGACGACAAAUCUUUACUCUAUAAGAAAAUCAAAGUGAUACUAACACACGUUAAAACAAAUAAAGAUCUCGAACAGAUGAUCAACAAGCGAUUGGGUCUUUUGGGAUGCGAACUCAAGCACAUCUAUCCAAUAAACACAGACUCCAAUGGAUGCUGUACAGUUUGUAGUCUGCCUUUUCCAGAAAAGAACUAUCUCAGCAGUCAUCCGUUGGCUGCAGAUCACUCUAAACUUAUGACUCCGGCAGUUAUGUCUGUAACGCUGGGAUUUAUCGCGCAUUUCGUUGAAAUAACCGCCAUCAUUCUAGACAAGCCCCUACGAUUUUCACAACAAAUUAAACCAUCGAUCGCCUCCAAACAAAUUCUCUACGGCAUUUACUUGCUCAACUAUAAUAUAGCGCAGUUAAAUUACGAUGUAUUUCGGUUUCCUUACGAUUCGCACAAGGAAAUCAUACAGAAUUUCACGAGGCUAUUCUGUAGCCUAAUACAAUUGGGGCAAAUCAAUGCUGAUGGUAUGGUCGAUAGGGACAAAGCGGGAAUUGAAAGUGAUAUAAGUAUUUUAGAUGGUAUAGAUCGAAUAGAGGACGUGCCGUUGUCGAAGGCUAGGACGUCAAUCGAAGUUAGUAGUAAUUUACAAUCGGAGCGCAGUAGUAUGCCACCAAGACGGCGAAAGACAGCUGCCGUUGCUAACGAAGACAAACGAUAUCAUAGCGAGGAUAACUUGAAAACCUUAGCUGAACAUUGCCUUAAACAUUCUUUUUCUCAAGAAAGAUUAGAGAAGGAAUAGGCUAAAAUAUAUAAUUUCAAGUGUCUGCAGAAACAAACAAAAACAAAAUAUGUGUUAUAAAAAUCCAUAAUCGUUGUACAUUUUAAUAAAAUUGAAAUAUAAAUAUCACGCAAUUAA